UAAUAAGCUUACUAACGGUUGUGCUUUUAAUUCUACAUUUAACUUAGUUUUUAAACAAAUAUUGAGUGAUUUUGAGUUUUGCGUAGACAUUGGCAUUUGCAGAUCAGAAGCGAAAGCGGUAUCACAUUUAAAGGAAAAGGGAGAUAUAAAGUACUUUUUUGACUGACAACCUCUGUUGCUUCAUGAUGAUUUGGCACAAUCUGCUUGGUUCUGAAUCCAUCACACUGACUGAAAUCUUACUAGCCAUUACUUGUUUCUGCAUCUUUUGCUUGAUAAUACGCACCUUUCAAAAGAAGGUUCCACAAGGUUUGAAACUGCCACUAGGGCCUACAGGUCUUCCCCUGAUUGGUAAUGCCCACCAGCUGGGAAAGAACCCUCAUCUUACUUUGAGUGAAAUGCAUAAAACCUAUGGAGAUGUUAUGCAAAUCAAAAUAGGUAUGCGACCUGUUGUGGUCUUAAGUGGAUAUGAGACAAUCAGACAAGCUUUGAUCAAACAAGGUGAUGAUUUUGCUGGCCGACCUGAUCUAUACAGCUUCAGAUAUAUCAACAAUGGCAUGAGCCUUGCCUUCAGUAAAGACAUGGGUGAAGUAUGGAAGGCCCGUAGAAAGCUGGCUAAGCAUGCCCUGCGUGAGUUCUCUGCAGAUGAGUGCAAAAAUACCACUUACUCCUGCAUCCUAGAAGAGCACAUUUCCCAAGAAGCAGAGUACCUGAUUACACUUUUCAGUGACUUAAUGGAAAAGAAUGGAAGGUUUGAUCCAUUCAGAAAUAUAGUGGUCUCAGUUGCCAAUGUCAUCUGUGCUCUCUGUUUUGGGAAGCGCUACAGCCAUGAUCACCAAAGGUUGCUGAGCUUGGUGACAAUGUCAGAAGAGUUUGCAAAGAUAGCUGGUUCAGGUAACCAGGCCGAUUUUAUCCCCAUUCUCCAGUACUUACCGAAUCCUGCUAUGAAUGUUUUCAUUGACUUAAACAGGAGAUUCAAUGCUUUCGUCCAAGAAAUAGUAAAGGAGCAUUACAAACUCUUUGACAAGGACAACAUCACAGAUAUCACUGACUUUCUCAUUGAGCAUUGCCAGGACAAGAAAAUGGAUGAAAAUGCUAACCUACAGCUGUCAGAUGAAAAAGUUGUUGGGAUUGUAAAUGAUCUGUUUGGAGCAGGAUUUGACACUGUUACGACUGCUCUUUGUUGGAGUCUCACAUACCUUGUUGCAUUCCCAGAAAUACAGAAGAAAAUACAUGAAGAGUUAGAUGAGAAAAUUGGACAAGAACGGAAGCCGAGGCUCUCAGACAGAAGUCACCUGCCAUAUUUAGAAGCUUUUAUCGCAGAGACUUUCAGAUAUUCUAGCUUUGUGCCCUUCACAAUUCCUCACUGCACGACAAAGAAUGUUGUUUUGAAUGGUUACUUCAUUCCCCAGGCUACAUGCGUUUUCAUCAAUCAGUGGCAAGUCAACCAUGACAAUGAACUGUGGAAGAACCCAUUCAACUUCUGCCCUGAGAGGUUUCUGAAUGCAGAUGGAAAAUCUGUCAACAAAGGAGAAAUUGAGAAAGUAAUGCUGUUUGGAAUGGGAAAGAGGCGUUGUAUUGGUGAGUCCAUUGCACAAAUGGAAGUUUUCCUCUUCCUCGCUACAAUGUUGCACCAGAUGGAAUUUCAGAAGGCUCCAGGAGAAGAAGUAGACUUGACACCAAUUUAUGGCCUUUCAAUGAAAAACAAACAGUGUAACUUAAGAGCUGUACCUCAUGUUCAGAUCAAAGGGCAUGAAUGAAAGGGAAAUUGAUGACUACUAUAAAUUCUUUGCCUUUCUAUGAUGUCAUUAACUUUAACACUUGCCUUAAUGGGUCAGAUGGCCUAAGCUUGCUACAGGCCUAUAAGCUGUGCUUCAGGAAAUGUGGAGUUACUGGCAAAAGUUGUGAGAAUUUAAUCUUCAGGUUUAACUUUACCAGUACUUACCCCAAGUGCUUUAAACACAGCUGAUCAUUUUUAGUGUUGUCAUGUUUAGAAGGAGAAAGUGAACAACAGACAUUAAAAGUUCUUCAUUUCCUGAGUAGUCCUAUUCAGUUAGUGCUAUCCAGUAGCUUUUCAUGAUGUUUAAAAGUGCUAAAGGACUCAGUUUUAUGAGAUCCAAAAUGAUGCUGCUUCUCAGCAAUAUUUCAUAUCUUGCCUGAUCACCACUUUGCAUUUUAUACAUUUGUAGAGACUUUUCUUAAUAGCAGAAAUAUUUUUUUUUUUGGUGUUUAAGUGUACCCAAUUAUACUAGGAGAGAUUCUGCAGAGAUAUGUCAAAACAAGUGUAAUUGCAAUGCAUACAUUUGAGAAAUGUAAUAUUUUAAGAGGGCAAGAGAAGAGUGGUUUUGAGUUACUAUAACACUGGGACAGGAAAGAUUUGGGCUAGAUAAUUACUGGGCACAUAUAAACAUGCUGCAUUCUGGGCAAACUGAACACUUUUUAUCACAGCAAAACAAGUUAAUGUUAUUUGUUUUACAUGUAAGACAUGGGCUUAUACACUUUCCACUUCCUGGCAUUAGAAAGUAAACAUUUGCAUAAAACACAGUUUGCUGCUUUUACAUCAGCCUUGCUGUGUUUUAAUUUUUAACCUCUCUACACAUAGAAAUAGACUGCACAAAUUAUUUGAGAUGUUUACAGUCUGAGAUCUUUUAAUCAAUGUUGUUAUAAAGAUAAAUCACAAGAUGGAAAUGUGACGGAAGUGCAUUAAACGGUGCAUUUUUUUAGCAACCAUGCUAAAAAUAGUUUAAAAUGUAUACAUGUACUAAAAGAGAGGUUUCUGCUGUUUGAUAUGCUAUAUGUGCAGCAGUUUGGCUUGUAGAAUGUAUACGCUCAGUAUACUAGAGGAACAUGUGUUAGGAAAAGAAAAUUGGUUAAGCAGUUAAGUGUGUUUCCUGUUUCCAUGCAAGAGCUCCAGUGUUUUGUGGAGUCUAGCUCUACUACUGGGGGGUUGGGGAUAAAUGGAGGGAGAUACUGGUUCAUAUUUGUGGUGUACUUACUCUGAAAAUGGGCCUCAUCCGAUCAAACAUCUCAAUCAAUAAAAUAAACAGGCAAGCAUACAGGCAAACUGGAAUUAUUACAUUUCAGCUCUGCAUUUUAAAACGAGUGAGACAGGAGAAAAAUGCUACACAAAAGAAGUCAUUAUGUCUUUAAUAAGCUUUUUUUAUCCAUUUUAUAAAGUACUACUGUAUAUUUUAGCAUUAUAUGUGUUCAUUUAAAUAGCAUGAGCUUCAUGAAUGAAUCAGAAUUGUAUCAUUUGUGCAUCACAAGGGUAAUUGUGAGGUACUAUUUGAGGGAACUGUGAAUUUAUUUUAAGAUGCAUCUUUCAAUGUAUUUCUGCAUUUGUUGUGUUUAAUUUUUUUUGUAUUUAUGUUCCACAUGAAGUAGUAAAGCAUAUGACCAUAAGUGAAGGAAGAAAAUUGUAAACUGAAGUGCACCAGAUAUCUAUAUAACGUUUGUAAUUAUUGCAAUGUUUUUUUAAAUGUUCCUUUAUAUUAUCAUAUAAGAAUUAUUUUCAUAUUGGAAAUGAAAAAAAAAAUUUAGUUAAGUGUGUAUAUAUA